GUUCUGAUAUCUCCCCAUCCCGAGUCAGUCUGCUAAGGGUCGAACCCGAAAUGACCAGCUUCUUAGUUUUCAUAAUAUGACUCACUUGUAAACGUCCCCAUCCAUCCUUUAUUUCGACUAAAGGAAAUGGUUUCAAAAGUCGCUGGAUAUGCUUUGGAUGCCAUAAAUUCUCUCACUCCCAAACAACUUUCCUUUAUACGGUCGCUCCCAAAGGCGGAAUUGCAUGCCCACCUAAAUGGUUCCAUUCCAAUCUCUGUCCUUCGCGAACUCGCCAAAGGGUCUUCAAUUUCCUCUGAGGCUAUUUCCAAGCUCCAAGACGGCGUGGAAUUGAACGAAAUCCACGAUUUCUUCGGGUUGUUUCCCGCCAUCUACGCCUUGACAUCCACUCCAGAGACCCUAGGGCGCGUUACACGAGCAGUCCUCACGGAAUUUCUGGACGGUGACACCCCUCAAUGUACAUAUUUAGAGCUGCGCUCCACACCCAAGGUGACUUCCGCUAUGACGAGGAUGGAAUACGUGAAGACCGUGCUAGACGAGGUGGAGAAGUACGGCAAAGAUCAAGCAGCGCUGAUUGUCAGCGCUGGCCGCGAAAUGGACGAGGAAACUGUCAAAGAAUGUAUUGGCAUCGCGAAGACCCUCAGAGCCGAGGGCAGGCGCGUCGUCGGUGUAGACCUCUGUGGUGACCCAUUAGUAGGGGAUGUGGACAUGUUUUGUCGCCAUUUUGCAGACGCUAAGAGCGCCGGCCUUGGGGUCACACUACAUAUCGCAGAGACCAGAGAUAAUCCUAACUCUGAGACGCUCAAGUUCCUCGCUAUUGGUCCUGAUCGUCUCGGUCACGCCACAUUCCUUAAUGAUGAAGCCCGUAAGAUUGUAUUGAAAGAGAACAUCGCCGUUGAGCUCUGUCUCUCCUCCAAUCUGUUAUGCAAGACCGUUGGUUCCCUGGACGUGCAUCACAUUCGUGAUUAUCUGAAGCAUGAUCAUUCGAUUGCCAUUUGCACUGAUGAUAUUCUUCCUUUCCGUAAUUCUAUGCUUGGCGAAUAUGCGUUGUUGAUGGCAAGGGCCCCGCUGGGCCUCGGUCUUUCUGAGGACGACGUAAGAAAGAUAGCGGAGAUGGGUAUGAAGUGUAGAUUCACCUAAUCAUUAGUAGAUUGCACCAUACUUGCCCUCCCCACUCAGUCCUCAUAUUUUACAACAUCACUCUGUAGAAAACAUUGCGAUGAGGCGACGGUCAGGGAAAGCUCUCACAAUGGGUACAAGGAAACGUCAUCGAGAUAAAGGAGAACCAAGGGUAAAGCAAUAAGCUCUUUUGUAAGUAAAAGGUGGUGAUUGUUAUCCACUGAUGCACGUUGAUCGUUUACACAGACAAUGGAAAGAAUGGCUAUAAAAUGUUCUACUUCAUUUAU